AAACAAUGACUGUUACUGACAUUAUAAUUCUUUUUUCGUGGUUUGAAUAAGACUUUGACUUUGAUGCUACGCGGAUGCUCCAGAAAAUUAUUCUGACCAGUACAGUGCCAUAUAAUAGUAGACUCUGACAGCAUCAUGGGUAUCGGUAGGUUGUGGUCAUUUAUAAAACAACAUAAGGACGAAAUUGUCGAGCAAGUUGACCUUGUCGAAGUCGCAAAAGGCUAUCCCGGUGGUUUGAGGAUACUUGUGGACUUUUUCAGCUGGGAGCAUUAUGUGAAGGAUAAAUUUAGGAAAACUUUGACUUUGGUUACGGAGAAUCAGUUCCUCAUGUUUGACGGGGGAGAAUACGAUCUCAUAGAUUCGUACAUAAAAAGUCUGAUCGCUGCCCUCCGAUGCGUCAAUAUUGAGGUAGUUUUCUACCUGGAUGGAGCGAAAGGAAGUUCAUACCACGCGACGAAACAGAAGAUGAAGACCUGGAGGAAAAGACAUUUCGAGGACCAAAAGCAACUCGCUCAGUGCUUCAGGUUUCUUCGUGGGGAGAUUCCUCUAGAUCAGGUGAGAAAUGAUCAUUUGGUCCGGCCGUGUCUUCAAGAAGUUCAAAACAUCCUCACCCUGCAAGAGGCUGGCUGUGUGAUUCAUCAGCGUAUCUCUGGUGAGGCUGACUCACUCAUCGCUCAGCACAUGCGAGACGACGAGCGCGCUUUCUGUAUCUUCAGCAACGACACAGACUUCUGCGUGUUCCCUGGCUCCUCCUACAUGUCGCACGAGUUCUUCGACAUGGGGGACGACCUUGGCCUUGGCCUCUUGUCUCUCUCGGCAAAAACGCCCGAUAAGCUGGUCUGUGGGAUCAUAUCUUCUGCAAACCUGGCAAGGUUUUUGAAAUUGCCAUGUGAGGAAGCGUUGAUAGAGAUGGCUAUUCUCGGAGGCAACGACUUCACCAGCCCGUACCUCCCGCAGUGCAUCCCCGGGUUCUCUAGGUACUGCGGUCAGUUUGAGCUCCUGGCCCAGAUGGUCACUCAGUUCCAGCAGGCCGAGAUGUGCCCAGAGUUUGGACAGGCAAUUAGUGCUAACCGAGGCUUGCGGGAGGCCGUGGAACAUUCUCGGAAAUUCUACACGUUGACCUUGGAAGACGAAGAAGAGAAUCAGACGGGCUUUGUUUUCUCCGUCAUCGCAGAAGGAGUGCGGCAGCUGAAGUACCCCAGCACGAUCGUGGCGAUGCAUCGUGGGUUUUACUGGCGCAGACAGGUACUUGAGGACCCGACCCCUGGACUGCCCACAGCAGAGGGAGCGUACUCUACCCUACGGUCGUUCGUUUAUGCCUUGCUGUUACCUCCCUUCAAGCAGGUGACCACGGAAUACGGCCGCACGCCCGGCCAGGUGCUGGAGGAAGUGCAGGUACCCAAGCCUCCAGGGAUGCCUUCACUGGCCGGUGUGAAGAAAAACUCGUUCCCGCGGAACAUGGCGCUGUUUGAGAGGGUCAUGUCUCACCUGGAGUACCAGCCUCCUGCCGAAGGUCGCACUUUCUUCAAGCUGUACGGGAUGCGGAAAGGUUUCCUGUGCCAUCUGCUUCGCUACUUCCUGCUGCUCAACUGGGGCCAGAACCUCUUCCUGUCGGACCGAGAGUUCUACGUUGUCGCCGCUUGGUUGCUAGGCAACCACAACCACGAGCGGUACCGGAAUGUCAAGAUUGUGCCCAGCCCUCGCUGCGUCACGGUAGAGAGCUGGUUCCUGGCGUUGUAUCGAACGGCGUACGCCUUCCUGGGCUCUGUGCUGGGACUGUGCCAUGAGUUUCCUCCCCCGAGGGAUCUCUUCUCCGGGGCCACGUGGGUGGUGCUCUACACAGGCCAUGUUGUCAACGAUCCGAACCCAGACUUCCGAGAGCCGAUGCCCCUGAGUGUGAGGAUGCAGGAGAUGGCAGAGGCGAGCGCGGUGGUCAGCGAGGUGGUCAAGGACAACCGACACGUGCUAAAUAACGUGGUCAACGGGGUUCUUCCUCCAAACUUUAGGAGUUAUUAACUCUUUAUCUCCGAGGGGGGUAAACCCACUAUGCUGGGGCCCUUUUUUGGUGCAAAUCUAAAAAUGACAAAAACGUCAUUAAACGGGUCAUGAAAUCGAAACUAACAAACCUAUAUCGAUAGUUCUUCAUCUAAUGAAUGAACUUCCGGUAUAAGAGACCUGUUUUCGGCAAUUUCCAAAAAGUAAUUUGAUGUCGAAGUCGUCGUAAAAAAUGUGCCAAAGCCGCUGUCAGCGACUCGCCAGCACAGGAGUUCCAACCGCAAGCCGCUGGGAGGGGCUUGCCGGAGAUAAAGAGUUGAAGGUUUUGUCCUCUGUCAGGAUUGUGACUAGGUUCAUAGCUGCCGACCAGUUUGUUAAGAAAUGUGUUUAAUACGUUUUUGAGAGUCUGUGAGAUGGAAGUCCGUUUUUAUGUUUGAAAAUAUGUUUUCUUUGUUUUUUAGUUCUGUUGUAUUGUUCCUUACAAAUUGUCUGAGGCCGAAGAAAAAUUAUGAACUUUGAAGAACGGAUUUGUGAAUGAUAAUGCAUAUGAAUCAUGUUGAGUCACUUUGAGAGAUCUUUUGCUGAGGGCAACUCGAAAUAGCUUGAAUUUAUCGAAUGCUCAAAAGUGUAUGUUAAGGGUUUAGAAGGGGGUCACUUGAGCAAUGCCCUUUAUCUUGACCUGCUGUGUCUGUUUUUUGGUUUUGAGGAGCUGGCAGCUAGAGCUGGGCAAAGAAUCGAAUCUGGAACCGAUUUCGGCGAUCGUGUUUCCAGUUACUUUAAUCAUUAAAAUCUUUUUUUUUUCUUUCUUUUU